AUGGUUGUAUCUGCUGCUGGUCUUUUGGGGCAGAGGCUUAACCAGCCCCCCCCUCCUGGAAAACCUCAUGGAGUUGCAAUCCCGGGGACCGAAAGACUGGGAAGGACUCCUGUUUACAGACAUUGGCAAGUAAAAGACAAGCCUUUGAUUAGCACGCUAGAUCCUGAAAUAAGAACCAUGCACGCCCUAUUUGACGAGUCAGCUCGACGGGUUCCCGACAAUAACUGUAUGGGUGUUCGUAAAUGGCUUCCAGAGACGCAAUCAUGGGAUAAUAGGUAUUCGUGGAUUUCUUACAGCAAAGUUGCUGAACGUCGCAAAAACUUUGGAGCUGGCCUUGUGGAACUUCACCAUCGGAUCAAUCACCCUCAGGACAAGUAUGGGAUUGGACUUUGGUGCCAAAAUAGACCGGAAUGGCAGAUAACCGACCUUGCCUGCAUGUCGCAAGGCCUCUUUGCCGUCUCUGUUUACGAAACCUUGGGUCCAAAUGCCACCGAAUACAUUAUCAAUCAUGCCGAGCUCGCUUGUGUGGUCUGCUCCCUCCCGCAUAUACCAACACUUCUGAAGCUUGCACCUCGAAUUCCUCGUCUCAAACUAAUCAUAUCUCUUGAUCAACUUGAAAAUGGAGAAAUGGAGGGUUACUCGAAGCGAGAUGCUCUGAACGUUGUUGCGUCAGACUUUGGUAUUCAGAUUUUCUCAAUGAGCGAGGUGGAGAAAAUCGGUCUCGAGUCCGGUCGUCCCAUGCGCCCUGUUGGUCCCGAGGACCUCUACACCAUCAACUAUACUUCUGGCACAACCGGUCAUCCAAAGGGCGUCCUCCUUACCCACGCUGCAACACUUGCAGGUAACACCGCAACUCGCAUUGGAGCAAAAACCUCAAGCGACGAUGUCGGGAUUUCGUACCUACCAUUGGCUCAUAUCAUGGAAAGAUUGGUUGAGCAUGCCAGGUUUGCUGAAGGUGCGAGUUGUGGCUUCUUCCGAGGAGAUAUCUUGGGACUAGUAGACGAUAUGCUCAUUCUCCAGCCCACAGGCUUUGUGUCUGUGCCUCGUCUGUUCAACCGCUUUAACAGUGCCAUUAGAGCUGGUACGGUUGAAGCUGAAGGAUUCAGAGGAACUUUGUCCAAACGAAUCCUAGAGACAAAAGUGGCUUCCAUGAAGCUCCCUAUCGGUCAAGCCACUGUUCAGCAUUGGCUGUGGGACCGCAUUUUCACACCAAAAAUUAGGGAAAAGGUUGGUCUUGGCCGGGCAAUUCAGCUUGCCAGCGGCAGCGCGCCACUCGACCCCAAGGUUCAAGAGUUCCUCUCGGCCAUGUUCGGAGUGAGGCUCGCCCAGGCCUACGGUAUGACGGAAACCGCAGGAGCCGUGACAGUGCCACUGGCUGGAGACUUUGACACUGGUCAUGUCGGUCCUCCUAGCCCGGUUGCUGAGAUCUGUUUGGAGUCUAUCCCUGAAUUACAGUACAGUGUUGACGACAAGCCAUAUCCGCGCGGGGAGAUCUUGGUACGUGGCCCAAUCUUGUUUAAGGGCUACUACAAGAACGAGGAAGAGAACAAGAAGACAAUAGAGGCAGACGGGUGGUUUCACACUGGCGAUGUCGCAAUGGUUGAUGAACUAGGCCGUUUUACUAUUAUUGAUCGGAAGAAGAACGUAUUGAAGCUCUCACAAGGUGAAUACGUGGCACCCGAACGUCUUGAAAAUGUGUACACUGCGAACUGCAGCCUUAUUGCGAAUGCAUUUGUACAUGGCGAUAGCCAAGAGUCUACUUUGGUCGGCAUCUUUGGUAUAAACCCAGAGACGUUUGCACCGUUUGCGGCCAAAGUUCUUGGUCAGCCUGUUAGCAACGACGAUGUGGCCGCUUUGAAGCGAGUAGCCCGAAAUCCAAAGGUCCAGGGAGAGCUUUUUGAUAUUCUGCAGACGAUUGGGAGGAAGAAUAAGUUCAACAAGUAUGAGCAUGUUGCAAACAUUUUUCUUGAUGUUGAGCCAUUUACAGUUGACAAUGAACUUUUGACUCCGACGUGA